AUGAAUGACACUGUGGAGGACAAAAGCCCUGAAGAAGUCAACAUGAAACGAAGUCAGGGAAGUGAACAGCAAACGGGGAGGAAUGACACUUACAGUGGUGUGCUUUUUCCUACUUGUGAUGAUAAUGAUAAUGAUUGUGGUGAUGAUGAUGAUGAUGAUGAUGAUGAUGACAGCAACAACAACCAACAGUUUGAGAAGACAUCCUUUGAUAGUGAUAGUGAUGAAGAUGCCACUAACAGUGAAACAAGUGAGGAAUAUGAACAAUAUGUGGAAAAACUUUACUGCCAUCCAGCAUAUGCAAACAUCAUUUUCCAAGCUUUGGAAGAAAUGAAACGGAUGUCUUUCCUCACCGAUCUCACCCUAAAAACUCAAAGUUAUAUCAACUUCAACGUUCACGGUUUAGUCCUGGCUGCUGUAAGUUCUCUCAUCCAGCAGGCUCUUCAACAAAUGAAUGAAAAGGAUAAAAAAGAGAUAUUUUUAUGUCUUGGUCCAGAAGUAACUGAUUUGGGCAUAGCGGCAGUGGUGGAGUUUGCCUACACUGGAGCCAUCGCUGAUUUGAACAGAGGAUUUUUAGCUGAGAUUCAGACUGCUGCUUUUUAUCUGGGAGCUCCCAGGGUUUUGAAGCUCUGCAGAGAAGAAGAGGAAAAAGAUGGAAAGAAAGAUGGUGAGAAAAAGGUCGAGGAGAAAAAUAGUGGAAUUUCUGCUGAAGAGCAGAAGAAGGUCAGCUUGCAGUCCAUCAGGCAGCUGUGGAACGAGAGAGUGGGCUGUGAUGUGGAGGUGGUGGCAGAUGGAAGAAUAUUUAGUGCACACAGGGUCAUUCUGAGUGCCAGCAGUGACUACUUCCAUGCAAUGUUCAGCAGUGGUAUGAAGGAGACCCACCAGACCUCAGUGUCCCUGCUCCUGAUGGGGGCACCAGAACUAGAAGCCCUUCUUCACUGCUGCUACAGUGGAGAACUGUUUCUCGAUUGGGGCUGCAUUUUUGAGCUCACCUCCACUGCUCUUCAGUUCCAAUUUCAACCUGCUCUCUCACUCUGCCUUGAAUUUAUGCAGCAAGAAGUGGAUGCUUACAGAUGUCUGGAUGUUGCUGCCUUUGCCGAAGCGUUUGAAAUGAAUGACUUGCAAGACAUGGCAGAUGAAUUUAUACUUAGGCAUUUUGAGGAUGUAUCAGCCACUCUGAAAUUUCAGGACCUACCAGUGGAGAAGCUGAAGACAUAUCUGCAUAGCAACUGCCUCUGUGUCACGUCAGAGCUGUCUGUGUUCAAAGCUGUUGUAUCGUGGAUUGAGGCUGAUCCAAGGACUAGGGUGAAAGAAGCUAGGGAUUUAAUGAGAACUGUCCUAUUUCCUCUUAUGACCUUUACGGAAUUUAGAGAAGUGAAGUUUAUCAUGUCUUGGCCACAAUUCAGCAAUAAAGAUCUUUAUGAGUCUCUGUUUGAGGAAUUCUGUACCAAUACCUUUAAUUCUCAUUCAGACUUCCGGACCUACCUUCCUAAAGAAACUUUGGUUCUUGUUGGUGGUGAAAGGAUCGCUGGAAACCUAGAUAAACGUAUACCCUGUAAGGAAAUAUGGUUCAGCAACUCUUUCCGUAACCACGUUGGCCUGAUGAAAAGAGUUGAAUGGAGAAAACUGGGAGACUUACCAGAGAAACCAAGGUUCUGUCACUGUGUUAGAGUGAUAAGUGGGAAACUUUAUGUAGUUGGUGGCCGACAUUAUUAUGGAAAGGAUGACAUUAUGAAAUGCACUUAUAGGUAUGAUCCAAUUCAAAACAGUUGGGAAAGGUUGGCAGAUAUGAAUGAGAGAAGGGGAAGCUUUGCUCUUGUGGUUUUGGAUGGAAAAAUGUUUGCCAUAGGUGGAGACAAGGAUUCGUUGGUCAACACUGGAAGUGUAGAGGUCUACUGUCCUGUUACAGAUUCUUGGAGCUUUGUUCACCCUCUGGACCUGUCCAUAAGUAGUCAUGCUGCCAGCGUGUGCAAUGGAGAGAUUUUCAUCUCAGGAGGCUUGAACAGUAGCUACCAGUGCCUGGCAUCCAUGCUGUUCUACCACCCAGAGAGAGGCACCACAUACCUUGUGGAUAUGUCUCAGAGACGGGCUCAGCACUGCAUGGAGACAUGGAAAAACUGCCUAUAUGUAGCAGGCGGAGUCUCGGAUGUGGGUGGACAGUUAUUUGACCAACUAGAGUGUGAGUUCUUUGAUCCGGUUAAGGGUUCCUGGUGCGCCUUUAUGUCCAUGUCUUUGCCUCAUGUCAGUGCAGCAUCUGCAGUGUUGGAAGGAAAGAUUUAUAUCAUUGGUGGUUAUUGCCAUGAAAACUACAGCGACACAACAGUGGUCCAUAGGUUUGAUCCUGCAAAGCGGCACUGGGAGAAUUUGUGCGGAACCCCUGGCUCUAACACAUAUAUAGCUGCAUGUGUACUGGAUUUACCCCAUCACCUAAGGCAAUGA